UCUGCAGUGAUGGGCAGAGAUUGUCUGUGGGAGGGUGUCUGACUGAGUCAGCUGGCUUCUCCCAACAUCCUCUCAAGCACCGUAUCCCAUCAUGCAUUGCACGGAAUCAUGGAUCAAAUUGAUAACGAUUUGCAAGGUACAGAUGGCUCCGGUUCCCUAGGAGGUCCUGAUGUCCGUAGACAGAUCCCAAUCAAGUUGCUGUCCAAGCAAGCUGUGAGAAGCAAACCCCCUGUGCGGCCUCAACGAUCCACAAGCAGAUUGCUACCAAAAGGCCAAUCAGGUGAUGAAGAGGGUUUUGGCUACAAGCAAGAAGAGAGAUUUGAGUGUAAGUCAGGGGAUGCGUUUGGCAGCCAGCGCAGAUUCCCUCACCCCCUAUUCUGGGACUAUAAACUCAAUCUGGUGGGUGAGAAGGAUGACACACCUGUUCAUUGCUGUGACAAGUGUGGGCUGCCCAUAAAGCUCUAUGGUCGCAUGAUUCCCUGCAAGCAUGUGUUUUGCUACGAAUGCGCUGUGCUGUAUGAGAAGAAGAAUGACAAGAUGUGUCCAGGUUUGUCCCUCUACAGCUGCACCGACCAGGUCCAACGCAUAGAGCAGUGCCUGCGCGGCUCCCUCUACAUGUGCAGCCAGGUGCAGGGAUGCAAGCGCACCUACCUGUCCCAGCGUGACCUGCAGGCCCACGUCAACCACCGCCACAUGAGAUCAGCCAAGCUCUCAGGCUCCCGAGCCGAGCCUCCACACCCACCACUGGCUGCCGACCCUUCGGACCGCUUCCGCCUGCCUCCACCCCCGCACCUGCCCAAACCGCACCCCAUGAUCCCGCCUCCACUGCAGGGCCACGAGUCCUACGGCCAGCCUCCACCUGCCUCCCCCUCCCUCUCUCCCUCGCCUGCGGACCUGGCGGCUGCCUCACGGGCUCUCGCGCAGGAGAGCUUCCGGAUUGCGACGAUGACCACCCGCAAGCACAGUAACCUCAUCACUGUGCCCAUCCAGGACGACUCCGCCAGCUCAGCUGCUCCAGCACAUGACAGUCUCCCUCAGACGCCCCCUGGCUUGCCCCCGGCUCACCACCAUCCGGGAGAGUACCCGGCACAGCCUAUUGUGUCCCACCCUCACCACAUGAUGGCGCCACCUCAGCAGCAACAUUACGGGCCCCCACCACCACCCCCUCCACUAAACCACCACAUGCAGCAUCCAUCCCCUCAGAGCUCUGGGACGCCACACCUGGUGUACAACCAGGCCCCACCCAUGUCUUCCGGACCUCCCCCCAUCACCCCACCCCCAGGACACAUCAUCAGUCAGCUGCCCCCCUAUAUGAACCACCCUCCACCAGGAGCUUUAACACAGCAUGGAGGGCCCCCUGUCACUGCACCCCCACCUCACCACUACAACCCCAGCUCUAUGCAGCAGGACCAGGGUACCCUAAGCCCACCCUUUACCCAGCCCGGAGGGCUUAGCCCAGGGCUGUGGCCGGCUCCCAGGGGCCCACACCCACCCCGCAUGCAGGGUCCUCCUCCUCCUCAAGCCCAGAUCCCUGGACCUCAUCAUCCUGAUCAAUCACGAUACAGAACAUAUUAUCAAUAGCCUCAUAACCCACAUCUGGCCACCUUUAAUAUACUUAGUGUGAUGUGUCUACGCAUAGUGUGCUGGUGGGUAUAUGUCUCUGUUCAUAUGCCCUGGAGAGAGAGUUAUAUAUCAAUAAAGAUCACGGUGAUGAUGAUUUUUGCUACAGACUUGCCUCUAUGAUGGUAUUUCAGACUACAUGGUGCUCAUGCUGAAGUAUUCACUAAAGCAUUCACUCAUGUUGAAGUGUUCAAAGUGAGAGUAAGCCAUUUGGACUUCAAUGGAUGUAUUGUUUCCAUGGCAAUAAAUGUAAAGUUGUCUGCCA